AUGAGUAACGCCAAGGUGACGGGAUUUUUGUCAAUUGAUGCUGAUAAUGAAAGCUUACGUGAACGUCACGUAAAUCAAUCAGAAACGGAUAACUGUAAUAUCCAAGGUGAAGACUUGAAAUCCCUUGGUCAACUAAAGAGAGAACAUAAGACCACAAAGAACCGACAAUAUACUAUUGUGAAAACUUUGACGGAUGUCAUAGGACCAUUUCUAUUAACCUUAUAUUCUUUUUAUUUGAGAUUCAAACGUAUAGAUCAAAACAAUUAUGUUGUCUGGGACGAGGCUCAUUUCGGAAAAUUUGGUUCAUACUAUAUCAAGCAUGAGUACUAUCAUGACGUUCAUCCUCCACUAGGUAAAAUGCUUAUUGCAUUGAGUGAAUGGAUGGCAGGAUUUGAUGGCGAAUUUGAUUUCUCCUCUAAUAAUGUAUAUCCUGAAAACGUAAACUUCAAAAUAAUGAGACAAUUCAACGCCACAUUUGGUGCUUUAUGUACACCAGUAGCUUUUUACACGGCUAAAUGGAUGGGAUUCAGUUAUCCAACCGUUUAUUUAAUUGCUACAAUGGUUACUUUAGAGCAUUCUUAUAUAGCUCUGUCAAAAUUCAUAUUACUGGAUUCAAUGCUGCUUUUUUUCACAAUGACAACGUUUGCUUGUAUGGUGAAACUUUAUACUUUAAGAAAGCAGCAAAUGACAAGAAAAUGGUCUUUAUGGAUGCUACUAACGGGUUUAUCUAUAGGUUGUGUUUGUUCUGUUAAGUGGGUUGGUCUUUUUAUCACGGUUGUAGUUGGUCUCUACACAUGUAUUGAACUAUUUGUGCUCUAUUGCGAUAAUGGGCUGUCUAGAAUAAAAUAUUACAAACAUUGGCUUAUCAGAAUCAUCAAUCUGAUAGUUAUUCCCUUUCUUAUCUAUCUCUACUGCUUCAAAAUUCACUUCGUCUUAUUGUACAAGUCUGGUACGGGUGAUUAUACCACCAAUACAUUGUUUCAAAUUAACUUGGAGGGAACUCAAAUUGAGGCGAGCCCUCGUGACGUAGCAUUUGGAUCAGAGCUAACGAUAAGGUCGCACGGUUUAAGUCCGAAUCUCUUACAUUCACAUGUUCAAUUAUAUCCCGAAGGCUCUGGGCAACAUCAGGUUACGGGAUAUGGCUUCUCUGAUUCUAAUAAUGUUUGGAAAUUUGAAUUUCCAAGGUCGUCUGGAUGGAAACUAGACCAAAAUGGAACUUCAAAUGGAAAAAUAAUCCCAAUAAAGGAUGGCAUGGAAGUUCGUCUCAGUCAUAAAAAUACGGGGUCAAAUCUUCACUCUCAUAACGUUCCUUCUCACGUAUCUAGAGGAAAUUUCGAAGUUUCAGGCUAUGGAUCACAAAGCGUUGGGGAUGAAAAGGAUGACUGGAUAAUAGAGAUUGUGAAGCAAAUGGAUUCACCGAAUCCCAUCUACUCUAAUGAAGAUUCAGAUGUCUUACAUCCAGUUUCUACUUUUUUCAGGUUAAGACACAAAGUUUUGGGCUGUUACUUAGCUUCCACUGGGUUAACGUAUCCAGCUUGGGGGUUCAAGCAAGCUGAAAUUGUUUGUAAAGAUUCAUGGAGUCAUAGGGAUAAGUCGACUUGGUGGAAUGUAGAGGAUCAUUGGAACUCUAAUUUAGAAACCGCAGAAGAUUAUAUUCCACCAAAAUCUAAUUUUUGGACCGAUUUUAUUUUAACUAACUUUGCCAUGGCCUCUUCUAAUAACGCACUAGUUCCCGAUGAAGAUAAAUAUGAUAGUUUAUCAUCGGAUGCAUGGGAGUGGCCAACGUUACACAAAGGAUUACGAAUGUGCUCAUGGGCAGGAUAUAUACCUAGGUAUUACCUGAUGGGCUCUCCGUUCAAUACAUGGAUUUCCACUGCGUCCUUAAUCAUUUUCCCAUUUAUUAUCCUUUUUCUGUUAUACUGUUGGAGAAGACAAGUGCUUUAUCUUUCAAAUGAUCAAAUCUGGCAAGUGACAAUUCAGGGUGUGUUCCCUUUUGUUUCCUGGAUGACACAUUAUUUGCCCUUUGUAAUGAUGGGGAGAGUUACGUAUGUACAUCAUUACGUUCCCGCGUUAUAUUUUGCGAUGCUUGUGUUCGGAUUUGUAAUUGAUUUCGCUUUAAAAAGAGUCCAUUGGAUCGUGAAGUAUCCUGCUUAUUUGUCAUUAUUUGGCGGAUGUAUAUAUGUAUACACUCUAUUUGCUCCAAUAUGUCAGGGUAUGAACGGUGACAAAACGGAAUACCUACCAUUGGAAUGGUUAUCCACCUGGGAUAUGGCAGUUUAA